UGGUGUGUGUGUGGUGUGUGUGUGUGGAGUGAGUGUGUGUGUGUCUGGAUUAUAGUGUGUUUGUGUUAGUUAGUUAGUUAGUUGGUGACAGUGUCUGUGUGUCUCUGAGUUAGUUCAUUUGUGUGUAUUUGUUUGAGUGAGUGAUUUACUUAGUGUGUGUGAUUGUGCGUGUGUGAAACAGUGUGCAUGUAUGAGUGUGUGUGUGCGUGACUUGUGUGCAUGUGUGAUUUAGUGUGUGUGAUUUAGCCAGUGUUUGUUUGGGUGUGUGUGUGAGGAUGAGUGUGCCUGUGAUGAAGAUUGGCGUGGUCCUGAGCACCAUGGCGAUGGUUGCUAACUGGAUGUCUCAGACUCUGCCCUCAUUGGUCGGCCUCAAUGGAACCCUGGUCGCCCCCGACGGAACACAUGAGAAGAGAGUCAGCGGGGUUUUCCCAGGUGAGGAAGAGGAAGGUUGGAGUGUCUUCACCUCCUCCUCGGCCCCUGAUGGGGGGUGUGUGUGUACCGUGGUCGCCCCCGGCAACAAUCUCUGUAGCCGAGACGCCCACAGCCACCAGACCCACCUGCUCGCUUUGCAGAUGCAGACCGUCAGCCUGCUGAUUCAGGACGUGUUUCUUGGUUCCUCCAGGGACCUGCAGCUCCUCCAGGACUCUGAACCCCUCCUGAGGGGGGUGGAGGGGCGGGUACACACACACACCCUCCUCACCCCACAGGCCCUGCAGGAGUUGAAGGGUCAGAUGUCUCAACUUCUCCCCCUGCUGCUGGUGACAUCACAGUACAUGUCCCGCCUCCAGACCCUCUCCCUGCUCAGGGAUCAACUCCUGAAUCUGUCAGUCAUCCUGUCAGCCAAUCAGGAGGAGGCAGGAUGGAGCUAUGAGGAGCUGCAGGAGAGUGCUGUUGUCUUAGAGACACGUCCUGCCUGCAUGAACAAGCUGGGGUGUGGUCACCUCACAGACAUCAGUGCUCCAGUAACAGUGAGAGUUUCUGGAUCGCGGUUCGGAGCCUGGAUGACUGACGGCAUGAUGCUCUCCUCCGACACCCGGGUGUGGAGUAUGGACGGCUAUGUUAACGGUAAGCGUGUGUUGGAGUUCAGGAACAUGGAGGACUUCCUGCAUGGGCGGAGCCUCACCCAGCACCUGCUGCCCUAUCCCUGGUCUGACGGUCAUGUGGUCUACAACGGCUCCCUCUACUACAACAAGCACCGCAGCAACAACCUGGUACAGUAUGACCUCAGGUCUCGUCAGGUGCUGCAGCAGAGGACUCUGGAGGGGGCGGGGUCUGACACCUUCCCCUACAGCUGGGGCGGAGCUUCUGACAUCGACCUCAUGGUGGAUGAGGUGGGGCUCUCGGUCCACGCCUCCCUCGCCAGCGCCGGCAACAUCCAGGUGAGUCGUCUGGACCCCCUGACCCUGUCCCCCCUGCACUCCUGGGACACUGGCUUCCCCAAGCGCAGUGCUGGCGAGAGCUUCCUCAUCUGUGGCACCCUCUACAUCACCGACUCUCACCUGUCUGGAGCCAAGAUCCGCUUCUCCUUCAGCACCACCAGCGGAGAGUAUCGCUACACAGACAUCCCCUUCCACAACCGCUACGCCCACAUCUCCAUGCUGGAUUACAACCCCAGAGAGAGACUGCUCUUCUCCUGGAACAACGGACACCAGGUCCUCUACAACAUCACCCUUGUUCAGCUGGUGUAGAGGGAGGAGGAGAUAGGAGGAGGAGGGAGGGAGGGGAGGACAGGAGAGGCAAGGAGGGAUAGAAUAGAAUUGUGAUUCGAUGAGAGAAUGAACAGUGUGUGUGUCUCAUCAUGGUUAUUGACAUGUGAGCAGUAAUAAAGA